AUGCCGUUAAGCACCACAGGGAUCCAGAGCUGCUCUUCCUCCACUUCCAACAGGUCAAGGAACCGGUCUCGUUAUCGGACCAAAGCUGUGAACUGCGAGGUAGAUGAGAGCCUCUUCGGAGGUAAAAAGCCCCCGGCCCAGAGCGACAGCCCCAUCGUGCUGCUCCGAGACAAGCGUGCCAUUGAGAAGACGUUCUCUGCGUUGGCCUUGGAGCACAAGCCGAAGACCAUCCAGCUCAUCACCCGGGACCUGGUCCGGGAGCUCAUCGUUCCCACAGAGGAUCCCUCCGGGGAGUCCCUCAUCAUGAGUCCCGAAGAGUUUGAGCGGAUUAAGUGGGCAUCCCAAGUACUGAGCAAAGAAGAACUUGAGGCCAGGGUGCAGGCCUUCAAGAAGGAGAAGGAAGCCGCCUUGGAUGCCGUCACCACACGCAAGAAGGUCAUGAAGCAGAAGGACAUGAUCUGGAUGAAGAACAAGAAGCUCGAUGACCUAGAGGAGGAGGCCAAGGAGAGGGCCGAGAACCUUCUGCAGAGAGCCAACAAGCAGCGGAUAGAGCAGGAGGAGGAGCUCAGGGACAUGAGCCAGAUCAUCCUUAAUGCCAAGUGCCAUGCCAUCCGGGAUGCCCAGAUCCUGGAGAAACAACUGAUUCAAAAAGAACUGGAUGCAGAGGAGAAGCGGUUGGAUCAGAUGAUGGAGGCGGAGCGGCAGAAAUUGCUUCAAAGGCAGGAGGAGCUUCUCAGGAAGAGGAGAGAGGAAAGAAUCCGAGGAAAACGGCACAUUAUGCAACAGAUGCAAAAGAAACAGGAGGAGCGAUCACUGUUUGUGGAGCAGCAGGAGCAGGAGAAGGAGCAGAUGCUGGAAUACAUGGAGCAGCUCCAAGAGGAGGAUCUCAGGGACAUGGAACGAAGGCACCAGGAGAAACUGAAGAUGCAAGCUGAGAUUCAGCGCUUCAAAGAGGAGAGCCAGAAGCAGAAAGCAGAGCUGCAGGCUCAGGAGAGGCUGGCAGACCAGUUGGUGAUGGAGUUCACCAAGAAGAAGAUGGCUCGAGAAGCAGAGUUUGAGGCUGAGCAGGAGAGAAUCAGGAGGGAGAAAGAGAAGGAGAUCGCCCGCAUGAGGAUCCUGCAAGAAAAGGCCCAGGAUUACCUGGCAGAAAAGGAUGCCUUGCGGGCAAAGCGCAACCAGGAGGUUGCAGACAGAGAGUGGCGCAGGAAGGAGAAGGAAAACGCGCAGAAGAAGAUGGAGACGGAGGCCAGGCUGCGGAAAACGAGGCUGGAGCAGGUGGCGUUCAAGCAGCACACGCUGGCAGUGCAGGUGCAACGGGACCGGGAUGAAUUCGACCGGAUCCUUCGGGCCCAGCGAGAGCAGAUUGAGCGGGAGCGGCUGGCGGAGGAGAAGAGGGCCUCGGAGCGCCUGCAGCACGUGCAGGAGCUGCGGCGCCAGGUGCGCGAGAACCAGCAGAAGAUGGUGCAGGAGCGCAUCGCCACCUUCGAGGAGGGCCGGCGCCUCAAGGAGGAGGCGCAGCGGCGCAGCGAGCGCAUCAACGACGUCAAGAAGAAGAAGAUCGAGGAGCUGAGAGCCACCGGCCUCCCCGAGAAAUACUGCAUCGAAGCUGAGCGCAAAGCCAACAUCCUGCCUGCCACCCCUGUGAGCUGA